UGAGCAGAUAAAUAAAAAAAGAAAAAAGUGGAAGAGUGAGCUGGUAUAGAUGUAAAAAAAGUUUUCUCAGUUGAAAAUAAUUUUAAAAUAAAGGGAAAAAAAAUUGAAAAAAAAUUUUAAAUAAUUAAAAUCUAUAAUUUUAUAUUUUUAAAAUUUUAAAAAUGAUAAAAAAUUUAUGAAUUUCAAGUACAAUAAAUGAAGGGAAACAAAUUUUUAUUCGAAUUUAUAGACUAGGAAGUUUUUUUUAAGUGAAAAAAAGAAGAAAAAAUAAAAAGAAAAAAUUGUGAAGAAAAGAAAGAAAAAAAUUCGAAGGCCAAUUUGCAUUGUGUCAAAAAACAACAAUGAAUCAAUUACAAAACUGUCAAAAUAAUAUUUGAGAAAUAAAUAGAAAAAAAAGCCAAAAAAAAAUCUAUUUUAUAUAAAUAAAAUAUAAGUAAAUAAAAUUUAGUUACGAGAAAUAAAAAAUUUAGAAAAAUAUUUAAAAGUUCAGUGAUAAUGGAUACAAUAACAAUUUUCUGAAAAAUAACCAACAAACAAGAAAAAAUUUAUAGAUUAAUUUUUUUAUUUUUCAUAAAAAUUUUAAUUUUUUUAAUUCUCUUAUAAAUAAUAUAUAGAAGAAGGUGUUUUUAAUUUUCUUGUUAUUUUGUUUUUGUUUUAUUUUAUUAUUUCCUUUUGUUACAAAAAAAAAAAAACAAAAAAUAAAAAUUUCUAUAUGAUCUUUGUUCCGAGAAAGUAAAGUGAAGGAAAAAGGGCCUUGUAAAAAAACUAUAAAAGCUACCUUUUUCGAUAUCGAAUAUAAUUAAACAUAGAAAAAAAAGCAAAUAGUUUUCUACAUUAUAUACCCACAUAAUAAUAUAAGUACAUACAUGAAUUACAUAUAUAAUUAUAUUUUGGAAUAAUAAAAAAGAAAAAUAAAAAAGUAAUCAAGAAUUUUUAUUGAAUUUCAAAGUUUGCUUGCAACUUUGCUCGUGUUUCAGCUGAUUCUCUCUCUGCUACACAAUAUACAUACAUGUAGGUGUUGUUGGUGACUGGGGGUUUUAUUGUGGUGUAAAACAAAGAAUCUGAAGGAAUACAAAAAAAAAAUCUAUAAAUAUUUUAAUUAUAAACAAGGUUUAUUUUAGUUCAAAUCAGUACAAUAAGUAAACAAAAUAAAAAAAUAAAAAAAAAAUGUCUUCACCAAGUGCUGGCAAACGACGUAUGGACAACGAUGUUAUUAAAUUAAUUGAAUCUAAACAUGAAGUAACAAUAUUGGGUGGUCUUAAUGAAUUUCAUGUAAAAUUUUUUGGUCCUCAUGGUACGCCAUACGAAGGUGGUGUUUGGAAAGUUCGAGUUUAUUUACCCGAUAACUAUCCAUUUAAAUCACCUAGUAUAGGAUUCGUUAAUAAAAUUUAUCAUCCAAAUAUAGAUGAAUCAUCUGGUACAGUUUGUUUAGAUGUUAUUAAUCAAUCAUGGACCCCAUUAUAUGAUCUAUCUAAUAUAUUUGAAUCAUUUCUUCCACAAUUAUUAACAUAUCCGAAUCCAGUAGAUCCAUUAAAUCGUGAUGCAGCCGCCCUAUAUUUACAUGAACCAGAAGAAUAUAAAAAAAAAGUAUCAGAUUAUGUACAACGUUUUGCAACAGAAGAAGCAUUACGUGCUGCUCAACAAGAACGUGAUAGCUCUGAUAGUGAAUCAAGUAUGUCCGAUUUUAGUGAAGAUGAAGCAAGAGAUAUGGAGUUAUAAUAUCGGUUUUUUGUUUAAGUUUAAAAAUUUGUAAUAUUGAUAUAAAAUAAUGAUAAUACUUAUAAAAUAUAUAAUAAAAGAAUAAACAAUAUUUUAUUAUUAUUUUUUAAUUAAAACUAAUAAACAUAAAAUAAAUACAAACAAAAUAUAUAUAAAUAUAUAUAUAUAUAUAUAUAUAUA